UCUUCACGUCUCAUUGGCUGUGGAGAGUCUGAACGCCGUUCAAUGCUGGAAACCGAACAAGGGACUAAUCAGACAACACUUAACUCAUUUUUACAAAGACAAACUCACGGAACAUUUUUCUUAAAAUAUGUGCAUUUUCCAGGGAUGCAGUAAAACUGCACAAUGCUGUGUUUUCAAAUGCAUUCAUUAAUAAUGCAUCAAACUGCUUCAGACAGCACCGCACGAGCUAGCGGCUAUGUGCGGGACACCCUUAGUAUCUCAACCAAGGUUUAAGAUUAACACUAGCCAAAAGAAAGUAAAAACCCACGUUGGUGAGUAUUUGAAAAUGUGUACAAUUUUUAUUCUAUGGUAGUUUUAUGGUCAAUGCAUGGUUGCGAGAAAGUAGUGCAGUUGUCAAAUCGCAAAAGCUGCGGUUUAAAUAUAUAAAUAUAUGUAGUCCGACGCGAUGCAUGUUUGCAGCGAGAGUCUUUAAAUCUGUUGUCAGCAAAACACUGCUUCGUGAGGCUUGAAUCAAACUCACCAAGUCACGUGGUUUCAGCAAAUGUUUUCAGUCAUACUGUUUUGUUUUUUUUUUGGUUUCGAAACAUUACAAAAUUUGCUGCUAGAUUAUGAUCUCAUGAAUGAAGGAGAUUCUAAUAGUUGACUUUGGGUCAGUUUUAUGAUGUAGGUUCAUUUAAUCAAUUGUUAUACUUUAUGCGCGUAUAAUGCAAUAAAGGAGAAUGAUAGUUAUUUUAGGGCAGGGUAUGUGAUUUCAGAAAGCAUAAUAUCCCACCCUCCCUGCAUAAUCAGUCUCACAAUCAGCCACACCUUCAAGAGGCUAAGCAGCGACCCGACGAGAGACGGCACUGCUGGAGGGUCACCUCAUGUCUCAUUCACCUGUGACAAGACAUUACAGUAUAAAGCACAUAUAACAAUGCGUAGAGUAUUACAAUAAGAACAUAAUAGCGUAGUGUAACCCACUGAAGACGUAUAACAAAAAAUGUUUUUGAACCCUGCCUUUAACUAGCUAAUUGACCAAGCGUUGCCUAAGAACACACAAAUCAAUAAAACAGAUUUUACAGAAUUUUCACAUUUACCGGUAUUUAAUUAUUUGCUCAACGCACACUUUGCAGUGAGUUUGUAAAAGGUGUGUGAAGUGCAUGGUUGGGCUGCGUUUUCGUUUGCAUUUACACCGUUUGACCAGCAGGUGUCGCCAGUCUAUAGCGUUUCGAGCGCGUCCUGAAAAGCUUCUUGUCUGAGCCAGAGCUUUAGAGCCGCCUGCUUGAGAAGAGACCGCUGCAGUCCAGAGAGAAGUGAGAUUAGUGCAUCACGUGAUUCACACUAAUGUGCUUGUGGAUACAUUGGAUCUCAUUUAAAUUCUGUUGCGUUUAUAUGAAAAUAACUCUGGCAGGACCCAAAGUAGGCUAUUGGUAUUCAUUCAUUGAGAAGCGCGGUUUAAUAAAAUAAGACCACUCUGGAAUGAUUUUAUAUGUGUUGGAACUGGCUUUGAAAAUGACAACUGAAGUAGAGAGAGCUGCGUUUAUUAUCAUUAUGAUAAAAUAUAUUUUAUGGAUGACCUAGAUGAAUGAUCACAUGCCUGAUUUUAUUUGAACUCUGUACUGUACAUUUUCUGUGUUUCACUGAUCUGUCAGUCAGGGUUUGUUCUUGGUUUAUUUUCUAAUGAUAUGUAGGUACUGUAUAGUUUAAUAACAGGCUCGUAUUCGAAACGAUGCUUUUCUAUAUGAAGGAGUUUUGGAAUAUGUAUGGUUUCCCGAAUCACACAGAAACCUGAACUCUCAGUAUUAUAUGGUCAAGACCAGGGCUCGAAUUGCAGGGGAUGCAUCCCCCUUGUUGAAAAAAUAAAUAAAUAAAAUAAAGACCAAAAGCAUCCCCUCUGUAAAACCAGCAUCCCCUUUAGAUGAACAAUGUUGUGUGUGAUGUAAAACUCAUCAUGCAAAAGAAAUGAUCACCUUGUUAUUUCCCCUGUUCUGUUCAAAAAUGUCAUUAGAAACUUUUUUUUUUUUUUUUUUAAGCAAUAAGCUUUAAACCCCAUUUACAUUUAUUUUAGCGCUCUGAGUUCUGCACAUAUAAUAUCUAGGUAGAACGAACCAUCAUUUUGCCAAAAUCUAAACAUAAAAGAUGUGAUAGAUCAUUAGAUACGAAUAAAUCUUUGUUAAUAUUAAAUUUUGUGAGAUCGCAUUUAACUGAGAUGAGUUACAGCUUUUUUAAUGAUUAAGUUUAAACUUGUUAACUUGACAUUUAACAAGUUAAUGUUUAGUGACUUGCAUUUGAGAAACACUGUUGUCCAAACUGUGCUCUAUUUCCUCAACAAAAAGUCACAGCUGGGCAUCUCCAUGCAAACACAACAGUGUUGUGUUGAAUGAAUCUGUGUUUAUGAAUGAAUGAGUCAAUGAUUCAGUCGCCUGUACUUGCUACAUUCCUGAAUGAAUCAGCUGUUUGAACAAAUCAGUUGAAUUAAUGAUUCAGUGACAAAGAUAUUAUUUAAAUAAUUUAAAGCAUUAAUCUCAUAAAAUUGUUAUAAUGAAUUGAAUUGCACCUCCUACACCUUGUUAAACAAUCUGUAAAUAUAUCUAAAUGCUAUUUUGUGUUCUUCUGAGCCACUUCUGUAGUGCCAAGAUGAAUUUUGUUAAUGCUACUGAUUUCAUUUGAUUUGUAACCUAUUCUUCCUGAUUCUAUGUCAUUGAAAAUUUAAAAGCUCAUUCUGUUAGGCCACACAAGGAAAACAAGGUUAUUAAUCAUAUACUUAAUGAUGUAAAAUGGAAGAAAAAAAUGCAUGAGUUGCUUUGAGGGUUGUGUUUAGGGGUGAGGUUAGACUGCUGAUUUACAAAACAUGCAGGAAAAAAACACAAAAUGUAUUCUCUUUCCAGAGAGCAAAAAUGAAGAAUAAACGAAAAAUAAACUGUAAAUUGCACAAUGGUAGUAUUUGUUGUACUGAACUUUUAAAUUACUGUAGGCUACAUAUUUUUUUGUUCUAAUUUCGAGGUGAAAUAUUACCGUUUGCCCUGCAUGUAAAUGUAUGAAUAGAUAGCUGAAAUGUAGGUGUGUGUAUCCAUAAACCAGUCAGCUGAUAGCAUUGUACUCCUGAAGGAAAAGUUUUCCUAUCUGCUCAGGAAGCAACAGACAGCGAGCCAGAGACCACACACCGGAGAGCAGGCCAAACGGGUUUGCAAAACGGUCUGAGUCCAUUUGCACAUCCUCUUAAGCGGUUUCUCGGUCAGUAAAACAGAGGUACACUCAGGAACACAGAGAAGAAGCAGCAGCAGCAGCGCUGGACGAAGUGGAUAUUUCAGCAGCAAACCCCUGAAACAAGAGGCUACUUUUCGAGAGAUGGACGGGUCAGUCGGGCCGAUGCGUGUGUUGGUGACCGGUGGCAGUGGGCUGGUGGGGCGAGCGAUAGAGCGGGUGGUGAAAGAGGAGGGCGGAGGGAGAGAAGGAGAAACAUGGAUAUUCCUGUCAUCCAAAGAGACCAAUCUUGUGAGCGCUGAAGAGACGAGAGCAGCCUUCGAGAGACAUCGUCCGACACACGUCAUUCAUUUAGCCGCCAUGGUGGGAGGACUCUAUAGAAACAUGAGACAGAACCUGGACUUCUGGAGGAAUAAUGUGCACAUCAAUGACAAUGUGCUGCACACGUCUCAGGAGUUCGGGGUGGUGAAGGUCGUUUCCUGCCUGUCUACGUGUGUUUUUCCAGAUAAAACCACCUACCCUAUAGAUGAGACCGUGAUGCACAGCGGUGCCCCGCACGAGUCUAAUUACGGUUAUGCCUACGCCAAACGCAUGAUUGACAUCCACAACAGGGCGUUAUUUCAGCAGUACGGUUUGAAAUACACAGCCGUCAUCCCCACCAACAUGUUCGGACCCCAUGACAACUACAACAUUGAGGACGGUCACGUGAUGCCGGGGUUGAUCCACAAGACGUACCUGGCCAAGAAGGAAGGUACACCUCUGCAGGUCUGGGGCUCGGGUCGCGCUCUGCGGCAGUUCAUCUAUUCUCUGGAUCUGGCUCGUCUGUUUCUGUGGGUUCUGAGGGAGUACGACGAGGUGGAGCCCAUCAUUCUGUCAGUCGGGGAGGAGGAUGAGUUGACUGUAAAGGAUGCUGUGGACGCUGUGGUUGAAGGAUUCGGGUUCGAAGGGGAAGUUAUCUAUGACACUAGUAAAUCAGACGGUCAGAUCAAGAAAACCGCCAAUAACGCCAAACUACGCAAAUACCGGCCAGACUUCAAGUUCACGCCGUUCAAACAAGCCGUCAAGGAGACAUGUGAUUGGUUUGCGGCCAAUUAUGACUCCGCCCGUAAAUAAAGAUCUUCACAUCUGAUUGGCUGUGGAGAGUUUGAACACUGUUCAAUGCUGGAAAACCAAACCAUGACUGAUCAGACACUUCCAACAACCCUUGAUAAUUUUUAGGAAGGAAAAAUCACUGGACGCUGCCACUGAAGAUCAACUUUAAUGUUUUUCUCAAUGUGCAGUCACUAAUUCCAUCUUAAACACCUCUGAUUGGCCACUGGAUUCAAGAUAUCUACAGAUAUAUCUAUGACUGGCUACAUGGCUCAACACUGCAAAAGCAUUGAAGGGGUUGUUUAUAUGUGUGUGAUGUAGGAAACAGCAUCAAAAACAACAUUUUUGAGACUAUCUUUGAGACUACACCUCAGUUUUCAGGAGAAAAUGUUCAGCUGAAAGCUAAAUUUGCACAUGGUUUGUCUUUAAGCAUAUUAAAAGCAUCACACAGACAUGUAAAUGGUUAAAAAUGAGACUUUAAACAUUUUAUUUGUGCUCUGUACUGUGACUGGUGAUGUACAUUUUCUUCUGUUUUUAAUGGUGUUUCAAUCAGGGUAUCUUCUGGGUUUGUUUUCUAAUGACAUGUAGCUACUGUACCUUUUUACAAUAAACUCGUAUUUAAAAUAA